AUGAGGAUUCUUGCGGUUUUUCUUGCGAUACUCCAGCUAACUCGCGCCGACGGCGAAGUCUCGAAUUGUGAUUACAUCGGACUCGUCAAAUGCUUUAUUACGGUCCUUGACGACUGGGCAUGGACUUUGUACGAAUUGCGCGACAAUGUUGUCACCAUUCAACCGGAUCAAUGCGAGCACCUGCAGACUUUGGACAAGUGCAUUAAGGGCGAAGGCGCGGAAAACCAUCAAUGCACGCAUAAAGAAAUUAUCGAGGUGUCCAACACUGUCUCGGAUCUGCUCACCCAUCGCAAAAACUCGGGAUCUUUUCUCAGGAGUUACUACCUUUUGACCUAUGCCUGCUCUGCUGAAGGCCAAGAUAUUCUCUCGAGACAUCGCGAGUGCUUGAAAACGGAAAAAAUUGGGGAGAUGACAUUGUCUGCUGGUAACUAUCUGAGUGAGAAGUUCCUUGAGCACAGUACUGAUGCCGAUGUUUGCGAUAAAGUCAACGAGAAGCUUCAAGAAUACAUUGGAGCCAUGUCUGGAUUGUGCAGCAAGCAUGAAGCUGCUCAACUUAUGUGUCAAUCGCUCAAGAAUAUGUUCACUGGACUUCAUGCUGACAAACUUGACAAAUGUGCCUUGGACUGCAAGAUUCCCCACGAUCCAGCUGAGGAAGAAAAUGCCGUGCCAUUGCAGUCGGAGUUGCAAGAUUCACAAGCCAUUGAGCAACAACAAUCGGAGCAAGAUGCCCUUAAGCCCGCUGAUUCGACCCAAAUCUUGACUCUCUGGAUACCAAUUAUCAUCAUUCUUUUCCAGCGACGAUAA